AUGGUUAUGAGCAGCGAUCAAAUCCAAGAUGUCUCCGACGAGCAACAGAAACGAUCGGAGAUUUACACAUACGAAGCGCCGUGGCCGAUCUACGCCAUGAAUUGGAGUGUCCGUCGCGAUAAAAAGUACCGUCUCGCCAUCACCAGCCUCAUCGAGCAAUACCCGAACCGCGUCGAGGUCGUGCAGCUCGACGAAUCCAACGGCGAGAUUCGUUCCGAUCCAAAUCUCUCCUUCGAGCAUCCAUACCCACCAACCAAAACCAGUUUCAUCCCCGAUAAAGAGUGCCAGAGACCUGAUCUUCUCGCUACCUCAAGCGACUUCCUCCGUCUAUGGCGAAUCUCCGAUGACCAUUCCCGCGUUGAGCUCAAGUCGUGCCUCAACAGCGAUAAGAACAGUGAGUACAGUGGUCCGCUAACUUCAUUCGAUUGGAACGAAGCUGAGCCGAGACGGAUUGGGACUUCGAGCAUCGAUACGACUUGUACGAUUUGGGAUAUAGAGCGUGAAGUCGUUGAUACUCAGCUUAUUGCUCAUGAUAAGGAAGUCUACGACAUUGCUUGGGGUGGAGUCGGAGUUUUCGCCUCUGUUUCCGCUGAUGGAUCCGUUAGGGUUUUCGAUCUCCGUGAUAAGGAGCAUUCGACGAUCAUCUACGAGAGCUCUGAGCCUAAUUCUCCAUUGGUAAGGCUUAGCUGGAACAAGCAGGAUCCGAGGUACAUGGCUACUGUGAUCAUGGACAGUGCUAAAGUUGUGGUGCUUGACAUUCGGUUCCCUGCUCUUCCCGUUGUGGAGCUUCAGCGUCAUCAGGCUAGCGUCAAUGCCAUAGCUUGGGCUCCUCAUAGCUCAUCUCACAUCUGCACUGCUGGAGAUGAUUCUCAGGCGUUGAUUUGGGAUAUCUCUUCCAUGGGAAAGCAUGUUGAAGGUGGUCUUGAUCCGAUUCUUGCUUAUACAGCUGGUGCUGAGAUUGAGCAGCUUCAGUGGUCUUCUUCUCAGCCUGAUUGGGUCGCCAUUGCCUUCGCCAACAAGCUGCAGAUUCUCAGGGUUUGA